AUGGCGAGCACUGAAGCAUCCCUACCCUCCCCUCCGUCCGAGUCGGCCUCGGCAGUCUCUCUCGAUUCUUCAAUCCGCACCACCCCCAUUCACCCCGACCUUACAGAGAUCCAAGUUCCAGGGGAGCCUCUGCCGGUUUACCGGUACCACCCGAUUACCUGUCAGCCGAUUGAGGAGCAAGAUGUCCGUGCCGAGCUCCACAAGCUGCGCCAGGAGUUUCCCUCGAAAGAGACCGCUCUGAGGGCGCAGGAGCAGGCCGCUAAAGAAGUCAAAAGGACACUUGACGAAGCCGAGAAAAAGAAAGAACAGAUUCAAAGGGCUAUGGAUAAGAAGACUAAGGAACGCGACACCGAGAUGAAGGUCUUGUCCAAGUACCAGGAAGUCAAAGCGUCGGAUAUCCCGUCUUGA